AUGUCGAAAACCCUUCUCUCUCGCAUCAAACCUCUUACCAAUCCUCCUCGAUCUCAUUUUCCGAUAACUUCACGAAUCAAGAAGCAAGUAACCGACAUUGUUAACAUACUCAAAACCCAACAAAACUGGUCUCAGUUCCUCGACGAUGAAGAAGAACUCCGUCUCGUCGAGAUUUCUCCUUUCGUUUUCGAUCGAAUCCAAGAUGUGGAAAUCGGAGUCAAGCUGUUUGAUUGGCUAUCGAAUCGGAGAAAAGAUGAGUUUUUCGCAAAUGGGUUUGCUUGUUCUUCGUUUUUGAAGCUAUUAGCGAGGCAUAGGGUCUUUAGUGAGAUUGAAGAUGUGUUGGGAAAUCUCAGAAAGGAAAAUGUGAAGAUUACUCAUGAAGCUUUGAGUCAUGUUCUUCAUGCUUAUGCUGAAUCUGGGCUAUUGAGUAAAGCUGUGGAGGUUUAUAAUUAUGUGGUUGAAUCGUAUGGUUCUGUGCCUGAUGUGAUUGCUUGUAAUUCGUUGUUGAGUUUGUUUGUGAAAAGUAGGAGACUUGGUGAUGCACGGAAGAUGUAUGAUGAAAUGUUUGAGAGAGGUGGUUGUGUUGAUAAUUACAGUACUUGUAUAUUGCUUAAAGGUAUGUGUAGUGAAGGGAAAGUAGAAGAAGGUAGGAAAUUGAUUGAAGAUCGAUGGGGGAAAGGUUGCGUUCCGAAUAUUGUGUUUUACAAUACGAUCAUUGGUGGAUAUUGGAAGAUUGGUGAUGUUGAAAAUGCGAAUUUAGUUUUCAAGGAGUUGAAAUCUAAGGGGUUUAUGCCAACUUUGGAAACUUUUGGUACCAUGAUAAACGGGUACUGCAAGAAAGGGGAUUUCGUGGCGAGUGAUCAACUUUUGAGGGAAGUGAAAGAAAGGGGUUUGAUAGUUAGUGUUCGGUUCCUUAACAACAUUAUGGAUGCUAAGUAUAGGCACGGUACUAAAGUUGAACCAGCUGAAAGUAUACGAUGGAUAGUAGCUAAUGGUUGCAAGCCUGAUUUAGCAACGUAUAACAUUUUGAUCAAUCGUUUGUGUAAAGAAAGAAAAAUGGAAGAUGCUGUUAGGCUUUUGGAUGAAGCAUCGAAGAAAGGGUUGACUCCGAACAAUAUAAGCUAUUCUCCUCUAAUACAAGCCUAUUGCAAGAUCAAAGAGUAUGAUAUUGCCUCUAAGUUGCUUCUACAGAUGGCUGAAAGAGGAUGCAAACCAGAUAUAGUUGCUUAUGGAAUUCUUAUCCAUGGCCUUGUUGUUUCAGGCCAUAUGGAUGCUGCAAUUGAGAUGAAAGUUAAAUUGGUAGAUAGAGGAGUAUCACCGGAUGCUGCCAUCUACAAUAUGUUGAUGAGUGGAUUGUGCAAGAGUGGUAAGUUUUUACCUUCUAAACUCCUCUUCUCGGAGAUGCUAGACCAGAAUAUUUCACCAGAUGCUUAUGUUUAUGCUACACUCAUAGAUGGAUUCAUCAGAAAUGGUGAUUUUGAUGAGGCAAGGAAGAUUUUCGUUCUCUCAGUUGAAAAGGGUGUGAAGGUUGAUGUCGUGCACCAUAAUGCUAUGAUAAAGGGGUUUUGCAGAUCUGGAAUGUUGAACGAGGCAUUGAUAUGCAUGAACAGGAUGACUGAAGAAAAUCUUGUACCUGAUGAGUUCACUUAUUCCACCAUCAUCGACGGAUAUGUAAAGCAACAGGAUAUGGCUAUGGCCAUAAAGAUUUUUCGAGACAUGGGUAAAAGUAAAUGUAAGCCCAACGUGGUAACUUACUCAUCUCUUGUUAAUGGAUUUUGCUGCCAAGGGGAUUUCAAAAUGGCUGAAGAGACUUUCAAAGAGAUGCAAUCAUGUGGCCUUGUGCCUAACGUUGUCACCUACACAACAUUCAUAAGAAGUUUUGCUAAAGAUGGUAGUACCCUCGGGAAAGCAGUUUACUAUUGGGAGCUUAUGUUGAGAAACAACUGUGUACCUAAUGAAGUUACCUUCAAUUGUCUACUUGAGGGAUUUGUGAAGAACACAUCUGGAAAAGUUCUUGCUGAACCAAAUGGGUUUAACGAGGGACACAGUUCUCUGUUUUUCGAGUUUUUCUAUAGAAUGAAAUUGGAUGGGUGGUCGAACCACGCUGCUGCUUACAAUUCUGUCCUCGUUGGUCUCUCUGUACAUGGAAUGGUGAAGACUGCUUGCAGGUUUCAGGAUAGGAUGGUGAAGAAAGGCUUCUCUCCUGAUCCUGUUUCAUUUGCUGCUAUUUUACAUGGUUUUUGUGUUGUGGGGAGCUCGAAGCAAUGGAGGCACACGGGUUGUAAUCUGGACGAAAAGGGUCUUGAGGUAGCUGUUGAGUAUUCGCGUGUUUUAGAGCGACACUUACCUCAAGCAGUGAUCUCUGAGGCUUCAACCAUUUUGCAUGCAAUGGUUGACACCUAG